CAUCAUGAAGAAAAUUAACAAUUUCCUUCUUUCUACAGGAGAUGAUUGUAUAUCAAUUCAAACUGGAUGCUCUAAUAUCUACAUACAUGAUGUAGACUGUGGGCCUGGCCAUGGAAUUAGCAUCGGAGGACUGGGAAAAGACAAUACAAAAGCGUGUGUUUCAAACAUUACUGUCCGUGAUGUCACGAUGCAUGAAACUACGAAUGGAGUUAGAAUAAAAUCCUGGCAGGGAGGGUCAGGGUCUGUAAAACAAGUUAUGUUUUCAAAUAUUCAAGUCAGCGACGUAGCCAAUCCGAUAAUAAUAGAUCAAUACUAUUGCGAUGGUGGAGGAUGCCACAACGAAACUUCAGCAGUGGCUGUAUCAAACAUAAACUACAUAAACAUAAAAGGUACCUACACAAAACAACCUAUACGCUUCGCCUGCAGUGAUAGCUUGCCAUGCACAGGAAUCUCACUGUCGACCAUAGAGCUUAAGCCAGCCACAGAAAAAGCUAGCUCACUUGAUCCUUUCUGCUGGGAAGCACACGGUGAACUGAAAACACAAACUCUACCACCAAUACAAUGUUUGAAAACAGAAAAGUCACCAGAAGCUAGUCAGUCUAAUAAUGAUGCUUGCUAAUACUAUAGCAAGAAAUUAUGUAAAAAUGUUAAGAUAGGCUAAACAUUAUAGAAUUAUACGAAUAAAGAAGGAUUGAUUCCUCUUGCUUUGUCUUAUACUAGUUUGUAUAAAUCAUUUGCAAAUGAAAUGUAACAUAUUGCAUGUCAGUGUAUUGCAUUCUGUUAUAGACUACCGGUAUUGAAUUGGUCAUAAGUCAAAAGAAGAGGACCCAACCCAUAGCUUAAGGAAGGAUUUUAUCUGUAAAGAAACAAUCUAAAAAUGAUGACUUCAUGGACCAGUUAUGAUAGAACACAUCACAAGCAAUAUAAUUCUUUAGUCCAUAGAUCUGAGGGAUGCAAAGUAAAUGUACCAAAUAAGAAGUAAACAAUGUAUCAAAAGUCUAAUUACCAAAAACUCCAACACAGGUAAACAACUAACGCAUUUUACUUAUAACAAGGUAAACCACGACAUGGUUGUAAACGCAGUUUCAAAGCUCAAGCUAAUAGGCCAACAUU